CGCCGCGCCCGCCCCAACCCCAACGAACGAUAGGCUGGCUGCUCGAACUGAUUGAACUUGAACUUUUUGACCCUCGUAACGUAAACUGAACCGUUCGAACUGUCCAAUCCCGGUCGCGUAGCGGCAGCGGCCCUAGGUGUGGCGUCCCCCUCGGGCAGCCGACCAAGCAGGUCGUUCACCGGAGUAAACAUGGACGUGUUUCUCAUGAUCAGGAGGAAAAAGCUGACUAUAUUUACAGAUGCCAAGGAUGCUACCACAGUCCUUGAGCUAAAGAAAAUGAUCGAAGGUAUCAUCAAGGUUGCGCCUGAAGAUCAGCAACUUUUCAACAAGGAUAAUGUCGAAAUGGUGGACCACCAAGCCCUUCUAGACUAUGGGCUAACAGCCAGCUCUGCCAAAGCUCAAAGUCCAGCUCAAAUUGGACUUGCUGUGAGAGGGGAAGACGGCAGCUUUGAACAAUUGGAUAUGACUCCUUACUCAGCACCACCUGAUCUCCCUGAUGUUAUGAAGUCUCAAGAAGCAAAUGGAGCGGAAUUACCUUCCUGAGUUCUAGCACGCCUCUCUGGUCUUCAGCUUGAUUAAGCUGCACAAGUCUCCCUACUGAUACUGUGUAGACCAUUAAUUCCAGACAAUACAAAAUUUAUUCAGAGAUUUUUCAAAAUAGAGCAAGUAUUUACCAUCAAUGUAGGGAGAUUUGAGACCAGUUCGAGGAAGAAGGCAGCAGUUGCUUGCAGUUCAUACGUCACUUAGUCAUUUCAAAUGAUGGAUUGUUUUCUAUUCCUUGUCCAGUCAAAUUGCUCAUUACUGGACUGACAACUCAGCGUGUCAGCUUUGAUAAAUGACUGAACUUAUUCCCUCUAUAAAUAGGUAGUUUCUUUAUCACUAUUGUUUUGCUCUACUGAGAAAAGCAGAAAAUGAGGUGUAAUGCAACAUUCUUUGUACCAGAUGUCAUGUUCAGUUCUUUUACUUCUAAAUAUUAUAGUGAAAACCUUCUUUCUAGCUCAGAGCUAUACAUCACAUACAAAUAUGUAGUAAUUUAGACCUGUAGUGGUCUGUAGUUAAACUGUUUGAAAUGGCACUGCAGUCUGAUUUUUGCCCUUCCAUAUGAAUUUUUAAGAAGCCUUGACAUUUCUUAGUGUACAAUUUUAAAGCUAGCUAUGUCUAACAAGAUUAAUUUAUUGUUGUUGCGGUUGUGCGUGUGUGCGUGUAUGUGUGUGGUUUGAUCAUGAGUGUAAGGAUUUCUUUUGAGCCAGGUAAUGCAUCAAUUUCUCACUACUCUUUACAAUUUGUCAGUCUCUUUGAAUGUGGAAUGUUGAUCUGCAUUUUAGCUGUAAUUGACGAUAGACGUUUUUUGUUAUAGGCUCAAGUCAUGUUUUGCCCCCUGUUAAAUAUUGUUAUUCUCUUCCCUCCUAUAAGACUUAUGGGGGAUUUUAUUAGUACCUGUUACUUUCCUAUCCUUCCUCAAAUUUAGAAUCACAAUUGUUUGUCAUAGAUGUAUUUUUGUUUCCUUUAGUCAAAAGAAAGAAACAAUGUGAUUUAAGUCAGCCUGAUCGAUGAAUCAAAAUUUAAAUCACUUUCUGUAGUCCAAUCAUUGUCGAAUUGUGAAUCCACUCCAUUUAUAUUUUCUAUUAUUUUCUGUAGCUAUAGUGAAUUGCAGUGUAAUGUUGAAAAGUAGCAUUGCUUGCAUCCAUUCAGAGCAGUUCCUACUGUUUUCCAUCCUGUUCAUCAAAAAUUAAAGUAAUUUUUGAAACUUACAA